AAACCAAUCGAUAGCAGUUAUAACAUUUAACCGAGCACCGAGCAUUUAAUCUAGUUUAGGUAGUUGAUUUCAUAACCUUUAACUUCAUGUUUAUGUCCUCGCAAAGACCACAGUGACCUUUCGAAUGUCAAAUAAAGAAUAACAGCAGUUAAAUAUCUUAUCUGACAUUUUACAGCGUGUUUUGACCGAAAAUGAUUUCAUUUACAUCUGGACGUCACAUCAUUUCUGGGGUACCACUGUGGCGACGGUUUCAGGGUUUAAUCUGCAGAAAUUACUCAACAAAAGCACAGCUGUUGUUUUACUCUCAAAGCCCUGCACUGUUAUCACUGCCUCAGAGUUCCUCCACCUACAGGCUGUCAAGCAUCCGGCCCUCAAUUUGGCCUGCAUCACGGCUCUGCCACACAGGUUUGCAGGGUACGUCAGAUGGACAGGGCAACAGACGACCCAAGGAGGGUUUGAGUUUGAGGGCUCUUAUCCAUGCUCCCAAACCAGCUCUGUAUGUGGGGUUCUCCGGGCUCCUCCCAUUCGUGUCUGCUCCUUUGGUGAUGGCUGUGACACAGUCUUUUUAUCCCGAAGUGGCGUACGCUCAGGUGAUGUAUGGUGCGUGCAUAGUGGCAUUCCUUGGAGGAUGCCGCUGGGGCUUUGCUAUCCCUGAUAGUAGUCCUGCUCAGCCUGACUGGAAGAACUUGGGCAACAGUGUGGUGCUUUCACUCCUGGCGUGGCUGGCACUGCUGUGCAGAGAGAGUGUGUCAGAGGGAGCACUGCUUGUUCUCAUGGGACUGGGUCUGUCUCUGCACUAUGACCUGACCCUGCUGCCUGGGUACCCUUCCUGGUUUAAAGCCAUGCGAACUAUCUUAACCCUGGUCGCUACAUUCUCAAUUGUGGCUACACUUGCACUGAUGAAAGUCUGUCCUGAGAGGAAGAUGACAGAGGCUCAGAAGUGACUUAAAGGGGUUAAUUUAACAAAAAUCUGCAUUACUGUGUAAGAUUAAGCAAUGCUCAACUCGGCAGCAGUCACGUUAAAAGAGGAAAGCUGAUGGGAAGAAAUGAGUCUGAAAUAUUUAAAUGUACUCCAGAGAUGUGAGAAGAAAGUCUUGAUCAUGAUCGAUCACAACGAAUUGCUUUACCAUAGUUAUACCGAAUAAAUAAAUGACUAAAUCCCAAUUCACAAACAUGGCUGUGCUAAAGUUGUUCAAAAUUGAACUUACAAAAGCAAAGCAUUGAAAUAACACUGUAUUGGAUUUUUUUUUUUCUUACUGUUUCCAUGUUUGUGCACAACCUGCUGUCAGAACUUUGUACUUCAGCUGUUGUGCUUUGAAAUUAAACAUGAACCAUGUGACUGAUGUUUCAGAGCAGUUGUCACAGAUUUUUGGGGUUGACUUUGCCUCCAUUGGUUUAAGCAGAUUAUUCAAAUAAGGCAGUUUUGCAUUUGCAAAUUUGAGACAAAGGA